AUUUUAUAUUUUCCAUGAUUUGACAUUUUAUCUUUAAAUUCUGCUUUUGUCACGCUUGUAGUGUAAUCACGCGAGAUUUUGUGAGAAGAUUCGCGAUUGUUGUGAUAUUGUCUUUUAUUAUUCCUGAUAAUCAUUUUACGGAUCCGGUUUACUAGGUCGAGCAAAGUGUCAAUUGAGCUAACUGGACGCGACUUUUUUUUUUUUUUAUGUUUGUUUGUUUAAACGUGACUAUUGUUAAUUAAAAGAGGAUCACCUUUGGUGACUCUAUGUGGACUAGCGCGUAGCAAUAGCUAAUGCUAGCUACCAAAACAACAGAAAGAAGGGACCGGGCUAAUAAAGCUAAUGUCUUGCACUUUGAACUCGCCAGAGAUGAAUUGCACUUUGGAGAAAGUCCUGGUUGAUGCCAAAUCGUUGGUGGAAAGACUCCGUAACCACGACAACGCAGCAGAGAUGUUAAUAGAGCAAACGACUUUCCUCAACAAGCGGGUGGAUGCUAUGAAACAAUACCAAUUGGAAAUUGACACACUGAACCAGGUUGCACGUCAUCGGCCUCGAUCUAGUCUGAUCCUUGGCAUCCAACAGGAAAAUCGUCAAAUAAGAGCCCUACAACUGGAAAACAAAGAGCUGCGUACGUCAUUGGAGGAACAUCAGUCGGCGCUGGGGCUCAUCAUGAACAAAUACAAGGAGCAGAUGUUCAGGCUACUCAUGGCCAGGAAGAGGGAUGACCCGAACAUUGUGACGCAGCUGAAAGAGCAGCACACAACGGAAAUCCAAGCACAUGCCGACAAGAUCAACGAAAUGGCCUCUGUCAUGAGGAAAGCGAUAGAAGUGGAUGAAGGGCGCUUAUAUGAAGAUGAGGAACGGAUUAAACGACUCGAGCUAGAGAACAAAGGACUACGAGAACUGCUGGGAAUCAGUCGCGAAGCAUUCCGGAUCUUGAAGGGGGAAGACACGUCGGAGAGCACGUCACUGUCACCGUCAUUGACAAACAGUGACGUCAGUUUGCAACAGAGUUAGACUGACGACUGGGUUGAUCAUCCACACUUCCGGUACAGUGUGAUGCACCAGUUUUCUCUCCAUGGAGCCAGUCCAACCUCAUUUUCCAAACUGCCAGUGAAUCUACUGUAUUAACCUCCUCCAGAGCUGCAUUUGAACAAUCACUUUUGUCAUUUUUGGGGUACUUCUUUUAGGUUUCAAUAACUUGAAAUUAUGUGUGAGAUUCAGCAAAAUGAGAGCAAGAAUAAAUCGAUGACUAUCACAGUAUUCUACUGUUGUCAUUGCUGUAUUGUUACACAGUUAUCAAAUUUUUUAAAAAGUAAAUAAAUUUACUCAUUGACGGCGAUGGAUGUCCAAUCCAUUUC